AUGAAACCGCCGUCAUUCAAAGGAGGGAUAGAACCAAUAAAAGCUGAGGCAUGGGUGUUGGGAGUAGAAAAGUUAUUCGAAGUUUUUCCUUGUAUCGAAGCCCAAAAAGUGCAAUUGGCUGCCUACACUCUUGAGGACGAGGCACGGAGAUGGUGGAUGCUUACAAGAACUAUACAUCCGGGAUUAGCAUGGGAUAGAUUCUUGGAGUUGUUUUAUGAUAAGUACAUUCCUCAGAGUGUGCGAGACAAGAAAGUGAUUGAAUUUGAAACUCUUCGACAAGGGAACAAGACUGUAGCGGAGUAUGAAGCUCAAUUUGCAGAACUUGCUCGGUUUGCACCUCAUAUGGUGGAUACAGAUUAUAAGAAGGUACGAAAAUUUGAAGUGGGAUUACGGAGUGCUAUCCUAGAUAAAGUCAACAUAUUAAAGUUACCUACGUAUGUGGAUGUGUUGGAGAGGGCUGUUAUAGCAGAGGGAAACCUUGCUGCUCAGAGUCGGAUUUUUGAAUGGAGAGGAAAGAGGCAGAACAAUCAAUGGGUCAAGGGGUCAGCUACUCCACCAAACAAGAAGCAAAAUUCAGGGACCUCCAGCACAACCACUUCUACUCAAGAUUCAGCCCCUGUGUGUUCAGAAUGUGGAAGGAGGCACCGUGGAAUUUGUCACUGCUUAUCUGGAGCAUGUUUUCGAUGUGGCAAAACGGGUCAUUUGGUAAGGGAUUGUCCUCAAAUGAAUCAACAGAAUAACAAUAAAAUAGUUACAAGUUCAGUAGGAUCUGCACCAGCUUUCAACACCAAGUCGGCUGCCAAACCUGCUAACAAUAAGGACAUCGCGAGACAAGGCAAGGUGUUUGCAUUGGUCCCGGGGGAUGUGCAAAAUGCGGCGACAGUAGUGUCAGGUACUUUUAUUGUUCACGGUCAUUCUGCUCAUGUAUUGUUUGAUUCCGGCUCUACCCAUUCCUUUGUGUCAAAAUUAUUUGCUCAACAUUUAGAUAGAUCUGAAGAAGUAUUAUCUUAUAUGCUAUGUGUGUCCUCACCCUUGGGGAAUUCUAUGAUCUGUACCUCUGUAUAUUUUGCUUGUGAACUCCUCAUUGGGGAUGUCCGGGUCUGUGCCAAUCUGUUACCACUUGAUAUGAUUUAUUUUGAUAUUAUUUUGGGAAUGGACUGGUUGAGUGAAUAUGGUGCCACAAUAGACUGUUUGACUAAGCAAAUCAGUUUCCACCCUCCGGGACAGUCAGAGUCUAGUUUUCAGGGACAGGAGGUGACUCCUUCACCUUAUUUGAUUUCUGCAGCAAAGGCAUGUAAAUUAAUUCAGAAGGGGUGUCAGGGGGAACUCAAUAAGGUAACGAUCAAGAAUAAGUACCCACUGUCGCGGAUUGAUGAUUUAUUAGACCAGCUACAAGGGGCACAAGUCUUUUCGAAAAUUGAUUUACGAUCUGGAUACCGCCAAUUGAAAGUUAAAGCUGAUGAUAUUGAGAAGACAGCUUUUCAAACCCGAUAUGGUCAUUACGAAUUUCUGGUUAUGCCUUUUGGUGUUACUAAUGCACCAGCAGCGUUUAUGGAUUCAAUGAACCAUGUCUUUAAGCCUUAUUUGGAUGAGUUUGUGGUGGUCUUUAUUGAUGAUAUCCUCAUUUACUCAAAGGAUGUAGGAGCUCAUGAGAAUCAUCUUCGCUAA